UUUCAUUUGCCCUCCGUUGAAGUCCAACCUUAUAGAGUUGACUCUAUUGCUAUUUGCUUUAUAAAUACUAUAAACACAACAUUCUCUGAAUGCUGUAGUCUCUAGUCUCUCUCUACUCAGAGAUCUCUUCUUCUCUGCAACACAGAAAAAUCAGAGAAGGUUAGGUGAGGUCUUAAGUAAUGGCAGGUGGAGGAUUUGUAGACGGAGGAACUCUCAAAAGAGCUCAUCAAUACGAGUAUAAGAUCACCGGUUACUUUAUCUUUGCUUGCAUAGUUGCAGCUCUUGGCGGAUCCCUUUUUGGUUAUGAUCUUGGUGUUUCUGGUGGAGUUACUUCCAUGGAUGAUUUCUUGAAGGACUUCUUUCCAAAAGUGUAUCGGAGGAAGCAAAAACAUCUUAAUGAGACAGAUUACUGUAAAUAUGACAACCAAAUCCUCACACUCUUUACAUCCUCAUUGUACUUUGCUGCUCUUAUUUCAACAUUUGGAGCCUCUCAUGUUACCAGAAAUAAAGGAAGAAGAGCCAGCAUUAUUGUUGGAUCAAUUAGUUUCUUUUUAGGAGCAAUCCUCAAUGCAGCUGCCGUCAACAUUUCAAUGUUGAUCAUAGGACGAAUCCUGCUUGGCACAGGCAUUGGAUUUGGCAAUCAAGCAGUUCCUUUGUAUCUUUCGGAAAUGGCUCCUGCAAAAAUUCGAGGAGCAGUUAACCAAUUGUUCCAACUGACAACCUGCUUAGGGAUCUUGAUUGCUAACCUUAUAAAUUAUGGAACUGAGAAAAUCCAUCCAUGGGGAUGGAGGUUAUCUCUUGGUUUAGCCACAGUUCCUGCAAGUCUAAUGUUCAUAGGAGGAGUUUUCCUGCCUGAGACUCCCAAUAGUCUUGUAGAACAAGGCAAAUUAGAAGAAGCGAGAAAAGUAUUAGAGAAAGUUAGAGGCACAACAAAAGUUGAUGCUGAAUUUGAUGAUCUUAUAGAUGCAAGCAAUGCAGCAAGAGCUAUACAGCAUCCAUUCAAGAACCUUCUCAGAAGAAAGAAUCGCCCUCAAUUGAUAAUAGGGGCUAUAGGAAUCCCUGCAUUCCAACAACUUACUGGCAUGAAUUCUAUACUCUUUUAUGCUCCUGUUAUAUUUCAAAGCUUGGGUUUUGGUUCUGGUGCUUCUCUAUAUUCAUCAGUCAUAACCAGCGGAGCACUUGUUCUUGGUGCUCUUAUUUCUAUGUCUUUAGUUGACAAAUUUGGAAGAAGAGCUUUCUUUCUGGAGGCUGGAACUGAGAUGUUCUGCUAUAUGGUUGCUGUGGCUAUAACUUUGGCCUUGAAGUUUGGAGAAGGAGUGACUCUUCCAAAAGGAAUUGGCAUAUUUCUUGUGAUAGUAAUUUGCCUGUUUGUGUUAGCAUAUGGAAGAUCAUGGGGUCCUCUUGGAUGGCUAGUUCCAAGUGAGAUCUUCCCACUGGAGACAAGAUCAGCUGGGCAGAGUAUAGUUGUGUGUGUUAAUAUGCUCUUCACAGCUCUUAUAGCACAGUGUUUUCUGGUUUCACUCUGUCAUCUUCGAUACGGGAUCUUCUUGGUGUUUGCUGGUUUGAUUUUGAUCAUGAGUAGCUUCAUAUUCUUCCUGCUGCCAGAAACAAAGCAAGUGCCAAUUGAAGAGGUCUAUCUUCUCUGGCAAAAUCACUGGUUCUGGAAGCGCAUAGUGGGUAAUGGGGACCAAAUUGAACUAGAUGAGAAGACAGGAUCACGAGUUUAAAAGUCUACACUCUGUAGGGGGAAAACUUUGUUUUGAGAAUUGUUUGCUGUUUGUGAAUUAAAGUAUUUAGUUAGUUGGGCAAAUUAUAAAUAACAACACAAUUUCAUUUCA